CUGAACUUGCACAUGAAUGUACUAUUAAUGUACAUGAUAUACAUGCAAUGUAACGUGGAAAAGGGAUAUCGAAGUACGCACGUGCAGGAGCUUCAGAACAAUUGGACGUGGCGUGACGAUGGAGACACCAUCCUCCAUGGCGAAACCAGUUACAAUAGGCAUCUGCACGUCAGCAUUGAGGUCUAACAUCGAGGCUUUCAUGGAAAAGGUUUCAAGUCUGACUAAUGUAACAGUCCGAUUCAUUGAGCUACCGUACAAUGAUCUGGACAGCUUUCGUCUUUCAAGUGCAGAACUUGAUGGUCUGAUUAUCUGUCAUUCUAUCAACAACCGUCGCUUUGCAAUCACAGAUGUUAUGGAUGCACUCUAUGACAAGUUCCUGCCUCAUGUCAAACAAAAACUCGGAAAGGACAACGUCUGUGUUAUUGCACAUGACUUUCCAUGGCCCAUGGCCGGGUCCUCGCAUGAAAAUCAUAUCCGGAUCAAAAAUACCUACAUGGACAGCUUCCGGAGCAAACAAUUUACAACCUUUGAGUGCUCCAAACUGGCCAUGAUCUGUGGUAGACUUGACACUCAGGUGGACAUGGACAAAAACGAUUGGACACAGUUUGAAAUCUUUGCGCGUCAGUGUCAAGUUCAGCCAAAGCCAUUUCAGCCAAAGCCAUCUAAAGGGAUAACUUUGGGGAUUAUAGGGAUUUUCAUAGGUUUCGGAAUUGGCUGGUAUGUUAUCAAUCGUCCAAAUAUCGGGACAAAUACCCUCAUACAAAUGUGUAAUACUACCUCAGAAAAUUUUGUCCAAUUUUCCCCCAUCAAUUCCAUGUUGUACCAUGUUGACAUGAGCACCAUGCUUCUAAAGCUUACUGCACCUCUUAUGUGAUCUAACCUUUGAUGAACAAUACCAUUAGUCGCAUUCAGAAGGGCAGAUCCGGGAUUGUUUAUUAAAAAGGAACAUUGCCCGAUCUUAAUAUUUCUGAAGAAGAAUUGGGGAAACCCGCCAUUCCUCCCAAGGUCCGAAGGUGUUUGCGUUUGCGUGUGUGUGUGUGUGUGGGGG